UUACAUUUAAGCUAACAAAAUGUGUAAACUGACCUGGAUGGUACUGUUUGCUACCUGCAUCGCAGGUUCCUUACAAUCACCGCAAGGCUUCAAAAAUACCGAUGAAAUGAUUGAUUACAUUAACAGUUUGGACAUCUCAUGGAAGGCUGGCAAAAACUUUAACGACAAAUCGCAAGUCCAUUUGGGUCUCCUGGACAGGCCUGCCUCGUACGUACCGAACCCACCGCCCACUUACGACACCAAUGAGGACAUACCCGAGACGUUUGACUCGAGGGAACAGUGGCCCGACUGCGCCUCCAUUAAGGAGAUCAGAGACCAGGGAUCGUGCGGAUCUUGUUGGGCGUUCGCGGUGGUGGAGGCCAUCUCUGACCGCAUUUGCAUCGCCUCGAAGGGUAAACAACAGGUGGAGGUGUCGGCCGAGGAUAUGCUGGCCUGUAGUGGGGCCGGGGAUUGUGAGUUUGGGGGUAUCAUUGAAAGUGCGUAUGAGUACUACGUCGAGACGGGACUGGUAUCCGGUGGACUGUACAACAGCAAAAAGGGUUGCCAACCGUACACCAUAGCCAGCUGCGAGCACCAUGUAUCCGGACACCUGCCCCCAUGCGGCGAUACAGUGUCAACCCCCUCGUGUAAGCACGCGUGUGAGGCCAGUUACAACCGUACGUACACCGGGGACAAACACAAAGGUAGCAAAACCUAUGGGUUCAGUCGCCAGAAUAAGGAACUCCAGUUGGAUAUUUUGAAAAAUGGCCCGGUAGCUGUUGGAUUUACGGUUUACACCGAUUUCCUGACCUACAAGUCCGGUGUCUACCAUCACGUGACCGGUAAGCAAGAGGGCGGACACGCCGUUAAGAUUAUCGGGUGGGGUGUCGAGGAGGGUGUGGACUACUGGCUGGUGGCUAACUCGUGGAAUGAGGACUGGGGUGACAAAGGGUUGUUCAAGAUUAAGAGGGGUAACAACGAGUGUGCCUUUGAAAGUAGAGUCGUGGCCGGUUUACCAAAACUGUAA